CUGGGCGGUUCCUGGGUGCGGAGAAAGAGAUGGGGGUUGGGCAUGGAGGAGGGCCGGGUCGCCACAGCCCAGGGCCUCUGGCUGGGCUGGUCGCCGUCUUACCUCCGGGCCCGCCUCCCGCCCAGCUCUUCUGUCCUUGGACCGGAUGGGCCCUUGCUGGGCUGUUGGCGCCCCCAAGGGCUGCAGCUCCCCGGCCUCCGCAGUGCCGGGUCGACCCCCAGCGCCUACGCCCACCGGCUCCCGCCCGCCACGCGGGUUCAGACCUGCCGAGCGCCAGCCGCCGCGGGCGGGGCUUGAGGCCGGGGCGGGGCCUGGGCGGGGAGGGGCGUCUCCCUCGUAGGCCCCGGGCCGCCCAUUCUCAGCGCUGGGAGCCACCGCCCCCGCAGCCGCCGCCGCCGCCGCCGCCAGGGCCCGGACUCCGACGCGUGCCUAGAGUCCUGGGGAGCUUCUAUCCACCUGUCCUGCAGAGGAGUCGUUUCCAGCCCGGCUGCCCCAGGAUGGGUGAGUUCAACGAGAAGAAGACAACAUGUGGCACCGUUUGCCUCAAGUACCUGCUGUUUACCUACAACUGCUGCUUCUGGCUGGCCGGCCUGGCUGUCAUGGCAGUGGGCAUCUGGACGCUGGCCCUCAAGAGUGACUACAUCAGCCUGCUGGCCUCGGGCACCUACCUGGCCACAGCCUACAUCCUGGUGGUGGCGGGCGCUGUCGUCAUGGUGACUGGGGUCUUGGGCUGCUGCGCCACCUUCAAGGAGCGUCGGAACCUGCUGCGCCUGUACUUCAUCCUGCUCCUCAUCAUCUUUCUGCUGGAGAUCAUCGCUGGUAUCCUCGCCUACGCCUACUACCAGCAGCUGAACACGGAGCUCAAGGAGAACUUGAAGGACACCAUGACCAAGCGCUACCACCAGCCGGGCCAUGAGGCUGUGACCAGCGCCGUGGACCAGCUGCAGCAGGAGUUCCACUGCUGUGGCAGCAACAAUUCACAGGACUGGCGAGACAGUGAGUGGAUCCACUCAGGGGAGGCUGGUGGCCGCGUGGUCCCCGACAGCUGCUGCAAGACGGUGGUGGCUGGUUGUGGGCAGCGGGACCAUGCCUCCAACAUCUACAAGGUGGAGGGCGGCUGCAUCACCAAGUUGGAGACCUUCAUCCAGGAGCACCUGAGGGUCAUUGGGGCUGUGGGGAUCGGCAUUGCCUGUGUGCAGGUCUUUGGCAUGGUCUUCACGUGCUGCCUGUACAGGAGUCUCAAGCUGGAGCACUACUGAUCCUGCCCCGGGCUUGGCUGCGGCUCGCUGUGCCUUGCUGCUGCUGCUGCACCCAACUACUGAGCUGAGACUACUGAGUACCAGGGGCUGGGUUCCCUGAUGACACCCACCUUGUGCCAUCACCAUAACCUCUGGGGACUCCAACCUCAGAGGCAGCUUCAAGUGCCUUUCGCUGCACACCAACGCCCAGCAGGGGAGGUGAGGGGGGCUGGCGGGGCGAAGUUUGGGGGGUGUUUUGUGGGGCUACCCGGACGUACUCUCUGCCUGGUGGUCAGAUGCAGGCUGGAAGGGGCCUUGCUGAGUGGGGCAAGGCUGCGUGUUCCCAGCAGGGGGAGAAACCCUUCACGCCCCAGGCCCUUCAGGAACUGGGACUUUGCCUUACAGCUACAUGGUCCCAUCCCAAUCGGGGAAGCCGGGUGAGCUCUGACCCUUGGGCCUGGGCCUCUGCCCCUCCCCACCCACCCAGGCCUCAUCUCCCUCGACAGCCAGAACCCCUGCUGUCUUCCCCACCGCGGUCACCACCAUCCGAAAUGCCACGUGGUCACUCUGCACUGCCCUGUCCGUGUGCCUGUGCGGGGCAGGGGCUUCCUGGCUUUGUUCACUGCUGUACCCAGAUGCCUAUAACCGUCCCUGCUACAUACAGGUGCUCAAUAAACACUUGUAGAGCAGAUGGA